UCCAAGUCAAGUUUGGUUUCCUUACCACACAAACCCUGAAAAGACCAUGGCAAGAGGCAGUGCUGUUUCAUGGCGACAGCUACUCUAUGCAUUUCUUGUCCUAUGCAAAGAGACCUUGUCCUUGGAUCAUGUUCCUAUGCUGCUGUGGUCAACAGAUAGCUCUCUCCAUGGCUUGGCAAAGACUUUACAUGAAGGACAUAUUAUGUCGAUGGACAAGUUAUAUUUAUUACUGAAAGAUACAGUUCUGGGCCCAGAGCCCACAAAUAUUGUCUUGUUUCUUCAAGAUAGACUUAGCGUGGAAUACUUCACACAAUACAACAACUUCUCCGGAAAUGAGUCACUAUUUCACAAUGUUCAGGCAAGCAUAACUAUUCCAUCUGGCAUUUCCCUGCCGUUUUAA